AUGACGCCCCCGAGAUUAAGUUUUAUUGAUGAAAUCGAUGAUGAAGUUGUUACAAAUCCAGCUGUUAGAAAGAUCAAUCAGAAUGAUAAUACGCAAAUGUCGAAAACCGAGGAAACGAAUCUUGCAGAAAUCAAGAGCAAAAAUCAAGCAGCAGUGCAAUCUUCAACGAUAAAAGAUCUUAAACUAGGAAAUAAUGUUUAUAUGAAAGAAACUACCGAGAAAGGGCGAGGCAUUUUUGCAACUGAAAACAUAAAAUUAGGCGAAUCGAUUUUGGAAGAAAAGCCAUAUGCAGCAGUAGUGGAUGACAAUAAUCUUGACAAAUUUUGUAGUGGAUGUUUCGCAAAGCCAGCAAAAUUAUUACGUUGCUCGGCUUGUAAUUUGCUUCAUUAUUGCUCGGAAAAAUGUCAAAAAAGUGAUUGGAAACAACACAAAGAAGAAUGUAAGACUUUUGUGAGAUUGAAACAUAAGCCACCCGCAUCUAUUCGUGUUAUUUGUCGUAUCUUAAGAAAACACUCGGACGAUAAAGAUUCGUAUACAGCAAUAGAGAACUUGAAUACAAACCGCACAAAAUUUAAACAAGAAGAAAUAGAAACAUUUGCCCAAUUAUCAAUCCUUGUAAAAGAAUGCGUAAAAAUAUCAGCAGCAGCUGGUGAAAUGAUUGAUCUCUUCUGUCGAUUAACAUGCAAUAGCUUUUCGGUGUUAGACGCAGAGAUGAUUGGUAUUGGGGUUGGAAUAUACACGAACACCGCAUUGAUAAAUCACUCAUGUGUGCCGAAUUGUCUAGCAGUUUUCGAUGGGUCAAAAUUAAUGGUGAGAAAUAUUCGGCCCAUUCAAAAGAACGAAGAGAUAACUAUUACUUAUACUGAUCUUGGACUGCCCACAAUGGAACGACGCCGAGAAUUGAAUGAAAGAUAUUUUUUCUUAUGUCGAUGUGAACUCUGUAAAAGAUAUGAGUUCAAAGAAAACGUUGACCCACGGAAUGCUCUGCGAUGUAAAACGGAGGGAUGCUUGAAUCCUAUUGAGCCUCCAAAUCCGCUUGAUUUGCAAGAAGAAAUUGUAGUCAAAUGUUCGAACUGCAAACAAAAUAUUUCUUAUGAUGCAGCUGAUGUUGAAAAUCAAAUUAAAGAAUCGAUAGAUUUCUACGAGAAAGGGAUGAAUUUACUUACGCAAGACGAAAAAAGGGCAAUUUCACAACUUGAACGAUCUUUUGAACUACAAAAAAAUCUACUACACAUCUCCAAUCAAAACGUGAUAAAGACGCGAAAAUCACUUAUUGAACUGUACAGUAAACAAAGAAACUGGCCCAUGGCAUUAUCCCAUUCUCGGCAACUGAUCGAUGUUUAUCGUUUCUUAUUCACCGAAUGGCAUCCGUUAAUUGGGAUUCAAUUGCUUGUCACUGGUCGUAUUUUGCUCUGUAUGCAUCAGGAUGACGAGGGAAUGCAAAAUUUGAGAGAUUCUCUAAGGAUUUUAGAAGUUUCGCAUGGAUAUCAACAUAAUCUCACAAAGUCUGUCGCAGAUAUUUUGAAACAAAUGGAAAGGGAGAUUGCUAUUCGUCAAGGAAAAUUCGAUUGUCUUUAA